AUGAAACACUUGUUGAUAAUCUGCUCUCUCCCAUUCUUGAAAGAAAAAACGUCCGAUGAAAUCUUUUAUGCUGAAUUGGCCGUGGAAUCGGUCUGUCAGAUUGGUUAUUUAUUACGAGCUCCUUGUCCUGGAAUUCAAGCUCAAAUUUGUGCAACUUUAUGGUCUUUGUAUUCAGAAAAUCAUCCUACACAACAUGUUUUCAAGCAUGAACCCUGCACUGUGCAGUUUCUCAGGAAAAUAAUUGAACAAAGUGAUGUUGCUGUAACUCUGGUAAAAGCCAUCCAACUUGUGGAAAAUGAUCGCAACAACAAACUCUUGGUACUGGAAACUCUUCAAAAGCUCUCAAGACAUUCUGCAAUGUGCUGCGAUCAAAUGCUGAGUGAGAAUAUAGCGUACACACUGUGUUCUCAGUUAUUGGAUCCUGAUCCGACCGGACAGCUUCUAUUCCGAUCAGUGGAAAUUAUGUGGAAUCUUAUGGAGAACACAACAAAUUUGAUGUUGAUUUCCGAACAGCUCAACAAUUUGGAGUGCAUUUGCCAAUUGCAAAAUGCGUUCAUGUAUCAACUGACCCAGGGCUACAGCAACUAUGACAGCCAACUCCGCAAUGACAUUCUUGUUAUUAUAAAUCUUGUUGCUGCCAAUACGCAGAAGGCUCCAUUUGUGGAAAGUGGACUGACAGUAAUAACAGUUUUUUUGAGCUCAAUGGUCAAAUUAUGCCAUGAAUUCUUGCUGCAUAUCUCUCUCUUUCUAUCUCUCUCUCUCUAUCUAUCUAUCUCCCUUCAUUAUCUAUCUAUCUAUCUAUCUAUCUAUCUAUCUAUCUAUCUAUCUAUCUAUCUAUCUAUCACCUUUCCUUAUCUAUCUGUCUUAAAAAGCCACAGCAUUUUAUUGAAGCAUUUGCAGAUUACAGCCUGCCAUGAAGAUUUUGAGAUGAAGAAACUCCUCUACAUGACACUUUGUUCACUUAGUAAAUAUCCGUCUGUUUUACCCAUCCUGACCGAGGGUCGCCUCCUGUUGGCCUUAUUUUCUUUUGUACGUAAUAACCAAAGUACUGCUCCCAGGCGAGAAUGGUCAGUGGCAGAAUACGAAGAACUUCAACUCCACGCCCUUUCAUGUUUGUGCAUCUUGUGCCCGCUGCUGCUGGAAGACUUCAUGGCUUGCCAAGGAAGCACUCGCCUUCUCCUUCUCUUGGAAUGGUGCACGCAGAAAGAUGACUUUAAAGGCCAUGGUAACAGUUUCUAUGGGGACAACAGUCGAGGCACCAAAAAUGCUCAGAAAAGGCUUUGUCUGCGUUUAUUGUUCAGUGUCGUGGCCACAAAAAAUGAGCUCAUCAUUAAAGACUUGGUUGACCAAGGAGCCAUGAAUCUGAUCAUCUCAAUUCUGAGUUCAUCUUUGUUUUGUACUGCGAAGAAUUGCAUCAUUGAAAAUGAAAUGAAAUCAACAAUGCUCCUCAUUCUCUCCCAUUUAUGUGAAGGAAACGCCCACCACAAGGUAAGUCCAUACACCAAACUUUGGCCUAAAAACCAUUCCUAG